AUGGCCACCAGUACAGAUCGCGCCGACGCAGCACAAAAGUUUCGUCCAGUAGUGGUCUCCGGCCCCUCUGGAACCGGCAAAUCUACACUCCUCAAGAGACUCUUCGACGAAUAUCCUGACACCUUCGGCUUUUCCAUCUCGCACACUACAAGAUCUCCGCGACCCGGCGAGCAGCAUGGCCGCGAAUACUACUUCACGACAAAGGAGGACUUCCUCGAUCUAGUCAGCAAAAACGGCUUCAUCGAACAUGCCCAAUUCGGCGGGAAUUUUUACGGCACAAGUGUCGCAGCCGUCAAGGAGAUUGCGGCGAAGGAGAAGAUUUGCAUUCUUGAUAUCGAGAUGGAGGGUGUGAAACAAGUGAAGAAGACCGAUCUCAAUGCGCGAUUCCUGUUCCUUGCGCCCCCGUCUGUUGAGGAGCUCGAGCGGAGAUUGAGGGGUCGUGGGACAGAGACCGAUGAGAGCCUGGAGAAACGGUUGAACCAGGCGAAGAACGAGCUCGAGUUUUCAAAGCAGCCCGGUGCUCACGACAAGAUCGUCGUUAAUGAUGACCUGGACACCGCCUACAAAGAGCUGAGAGACUUCAUUGUUGAUGGUGGGAGAUUUGGAUUCGAGCAAUGA